GUCGCAGUUUCAGGGGGAAGUCUCGCGAUAGUUGCGGUAGCUGAUAUCCUAGGAGCAGAGCAGGGAACUUGACAUGUCAACAAAACAGAUAAAUUAUCACCACACAGGCAUGUAAGGGGGUGCCCGGUGUGGAAUAGCCUGACAGGUAACCUCACCUGGACCUAGACCUCCUCCACCAGCAUCUUCGUCUGCUGUCUCCAUGACAACCCCUCCGCUAGUGUCGCCUUUUGGCGGGCAGCCUCCGCCUCCACAGCAGCAGCAGCAGCAGCAGCAGCAGCAGCAGGCCCAAGCAGCACGUGAUGUCAACACGGCCUCGCUGUGUCGCAUCGGCCAGGAGACGGUCCAAGACAUUGUCCUCAGGACCAUGGAGAUCUUUCAGCUCCUCAGGAACAUGCAGCUGCCCAAUGGAGUCACUUACCACCCCAACACCCACCAGGACAGGCUGGGAAAACUCCAGGAGCACUUGCGGAUGCUUUCUGUGCUGUUCCGAAAGCUGCGCCUCGUCUACGACAAAUGCAAUGAAAACUGUGCGGGGAUGGACCCCAUACCUCCAGAGCAACUGAUACCCUUUGUGGAGGAUGACAGCUCUAAACACGAGGAUCGCUCAGCCGGCCAGAGCCGCCCUGUCACCGAGGAGAGGAGAGAAAUCCUGGAGGUCAACAAGAAGCUGAAGCAGAAGAACCAGCAACUGAAGCAGAUCAUGGACCAACUCCGCAACCUCAUUUGGGAGAUCAACUCCAUGCUGGCUGUUAGGAGCUGAGCCACACACAUUCGAACACAUUCAUAUAUAACACAGACAAAUACACACACACACACACAUGCAUUUACUACAAAUAAUGGACACGAAGAUUUGGUCGUUAACUGGACAUGCAACAGGGUACCACAGGCUGGCUGAGGCUGCACUUUACUGAGGAAAUUGGGACUCCGGCAAUCUCAACCCGUUUCCUGAAGAAGACGCGAAACAAUAGAAGGAAAAAUGAGCGGAGACACAUGAAGACGACAGGGCUCGACACCACAGAGACGUGAGAGAACACCCAAUAAAACACUCGGAGGGAGGGUGCAGGUGACAUCAGUGUGGAGGAUGGCAGAAAACAACCUCAAUAUUCUGCAUUUCAAUCAAGAUAUUGACUGAAUUAAUCUGAAGAGAUGAUAUAUUGUGUUUUAUCUAUUUGUAGGUACUAGCUCAAUAGAGGGUUUAUGCCUGUAAAGAUACAUUGAUAUAUUCUAUUUAAUCCUCAAAUUCUGCCCAUGUUAUUGUAUUAGAACUGUGUGAAGCCCCAACUUUAAAAAGCUUUUAUAUGACCCCUUAAAUCUUAAAUAAGAAAGACAUACACUGUGGCAACAUCACAAGUCUUAUUGUGACUAUAUUGAUCUGCUUUUUUUAAUUUGAUGUAAUAUGUAAACUCAUCAAUGCUCUGCUCUGAUUGGACUUGUGGUCUGACAUUUCAAUAUGAUGCAUUGUUAAGGUUUCUGCUCAAAUAUAAAUCUGUGAUUUUUAAAAAAGA